AUGUCUACAACUACUAAGUCUACAACUACAAUUACAACUACAACUACUACCAAGAUGAAGACCGCCUCUCCCAAGAAGAUACUGAUACAAAAGUAUCAGGAGGACCUCGAAGCAUUGAUGAUACGUAACUACUCCACUCGUUUAUUCCUGACGUGGAUAUACAAGACGCCGGUGCCGCCACUCCUCCUGCCAUUGCCAACGAUCAAUAUACGCCAGUCAAAGACCGCACCCUGCUUUGGCAGCCAGGCAUGCGAGGCUGCCUCCCAACCCGCCUCCGCGUCAUGGGCCAACAAGGUGCUCUCGACCAGUACCACGCCGCUGGCCGACAUUGAACAUUACAUCACUCGUCUUGUGGAUAUGGCCGGCAGCGUGGUCCACUUCUUCUUUAUACAACAUUGUAAGCGCGCCCUCCCCAAGCCAGAGCUGGGGACGGGCACCGGGGCAUCAGGGGCAUCCAACUAUGAUCCCCAGAGUGUCAGCGCGACCAACAGCAAAGACUACAACUCGCUGUUUGUCGGAUGUAUUUACUACGCCGAUCUGUUUGUUCGGAAAAAUGUCUCCAACUCUGUGUCCAUCUUGGACAUCAUCAUCACCAGCAUCGUGAUCACGAUCAAGAUGUGGGUCGAAGAGAAGAUGAACGUCAAUAAGUAUAUAUCAAAGAUAUUCUCAGUGUCGCUGAGUCAUAUCAAUCAGCUAGAGAUACACUUCCUCAAGCUGAUAGACUACCAGUUGUACCUACACGAGAAGGACUUGAAACAGUUCACAGACAUCAUUCACAAAUCAUCAUUACAACUAGCGGCAGCCACUGCCACUGCCUCGCGUCCUACAUCACCAUCUUCACAACUUCAAACACCCUCCACUUCAUCAUCAUCGUCAUCAACAUCAUCACCAGCAGCGACAACAUCCAUUAUAAUUCAUACAUCAAUUUCACCAAGGAGUACACCAGAUACCUCUUCAUCCAUUUCAUCCUCCGAUUACAAUACGCCAUCAUCAUCAUCAUUUCCUGUUGAGACUGCUGGUCCAUCCAGCACAAACUCGUCAUGCUCCACAACUCCAAUCAUUACGAUAUCCUCCAACUCCAACACCAGUACUGUCCAUCAGUACCAACAACAACCAGAACAAGUGGGCAACAAGCGCAAAUUGGACAGUAUCCAGACGGACCAACAUCCCCUGGAACAACAAUAUCAACAACAUACCAAACACCAACUUUAUGAGCGUAGUAGUGGCGGCCAGCGCCUCCAACACCAUUCUCAAAGUAGUGUCAAACACCAUCGCCAUCAUCGCAAUCAUCAACAUCACAUUCAGAGCUCUAGCCCUGACAACAACAACAACAACGUUGACUUUAACAAUGACAUUGAACUAAUAAAAGAGAUUGUAUCUUUUUGA